CAACUAGUGUCCCAGCAUAUUCUGCUCCCACUAAACGUCACAUUUUCCAGCUCCAGACAACAAACAGUAGCCUUAAAAGAGCCAUGAACCUGAGAUUGGCAGCAGCUCCAGCGGCUUUUUCGCUUUUCUUCUAUUUUUUUUAAGUUGGGACUGCGCCCUCAAUGUCCCCGAGGGCGCGUGCGGUUGCGUUUGUCCACCUAGUGUGUAGGUGGAGCGCAGGAGAGAAAGCGACCGAAAUAACACACACUCACACACACAUAGGGACAGUUGUUUUGUUUUUUCUGUCCUUUCUUUGCUCCCACUUCCUGGACGCGGAGAAAGUCUCAUAAAAGUUUUCUCUCGGUUUAUGAACAACCCAGAGUAAAUCUCAGACUGCUGGCCGGGACCGAUGGUGCUGCACGAGGAUUUCCCCAUGAUUGAAGUAUCGAUACCGUCGCUGGAGAGGGAAGUGGAUGAGUCGGGCAAGACAAAAAAGCUUUUUAGGGUUGAAGUCUUGUUUAAUGGGAGGAAACAUUUUGUGCUCAGAAGAAGCAGUGAAUUCCAGAGUCUCCACAGAAAGCUAAGGAAGAUCAUCCAGACUCCAGAUUUUCCAAGCAAAAGGAGCCCCCAUCUGAGGACCAAACCUCUGAAGCAGAGGAGACAGGAGCUGGAAGAUUACAUCCAGGAGAUCAUCUAUCAAAAUGAGGACGUGCCACAAGUGCUGCUGGAUUUCCUCCACUUGAAACAUUUCCACACAGGGAACAAGAUCAGCAGUGUGGAAUCACUAGAUGAAUUGGACAGCCAGGAAUACAGUCCUCAGUUCUCACAUCAACGAGUGUUGGGAUUCUUUCAGGAUCCUUAUCUGUCUGACUGCACAUCAGGUCUCCCAGAUGUUGUUGUAGAUGGGGUCCUUCAGGGUUUCUACCCCCGGGAUGUCCGGGUCAGCUUCACUGCCUCCACCCUUGCUCAGCCUGACCCCAACACUCCUAAAGAGUCCUAAAGCUUGGUGCAGCCAACAACAACAAAAAAGAGUGGAAAUCCAUCAACAUACAAGGAGAUUAUAUGAA